AUGGACUGGAAUGUGAAGAUGAAGAUAUUGAUCAAUCAAACCAAGGUUUACAGUCAACUGUCUGAAGGAGAUGAGGAGUUGAUCAAACUUCGUUGGGAGGCUUUGUUGCGAGAAAGCCGGUUGAGGUGGAAAGCAGGUACUGAAUCAGAGAUUGUAGAUUCAGCUCCUCUCGAUGAGACUGAAGUUGAUGAACUCAACUUGGGCCUUCUCGAUCUAGACGUGAAUGAUGAUGCUGAUCAAUUGUAUGAACUUGAAGAUGAUGAUUUUGAUGGAGAUCGUAAUAUGGGCCAAGUUGAUGAUGGUGAUGAGGGGGAAGUUGAUUGA